CUUGCGGCGUGAGGACCCCGGCGGCGCCGCAGUCCCGCGAGCCAUGGCCCAGUCCGGCGGGGAGGCUCGGCCCGGGCCCAAGACGGCGGUGCAGAUCCGCGUCGCCAUCCAGGAGGCCGAGGACGUGGACGAGUUGGAGGACGAGGAGGAGGGGGCGGAGACUCGGGGCGCCGGGGACCCGGCCCGGUACCUCAGCCCCGGCUGGGGCAGCGCGAGCGAGGAGGAGCCGAGCCGCGGGCACAGUGGCACCACUGCAAGUGGAGGUGAGAACGAGCGUGAGGACCUGGAGCAGGAGUGGAAGCCCCCAGAUGAGGAGUUGAUCAAGAAACUGGUGGAUCAGAUCGAAUUCUACUUUUCAGAUGAAAACCUGGAGAAGGACGCCUUUUUGCUAAAACACGUGAGGAGGAACAAGCUGGGAUAUGUGAGCGUUAAGCUACUCACGUCCUUCAAAAAGGUGAAACAUCUUACACGGGACUGGAGAACCACAGCACAUGCCUUGAAGUAUUCAGUGGUCCUUGAGUUGAAUGAGGACCACCGGAAGGUGAGGAGGACCACCCCCGUCCCACUGUUCCCCAACGAGAACCUCCCCAGCAAGAUGCUCCUGGUCUAUGAUCUCUACUUGUCUCCUAAGCUGUGGGCUCUGGCCACCCCCCAGAAGAAUGGAAGGGUGCAGGAGAAGGUGAUGGAACACCUGCUCAAGCUUUUCGGGACUUUUGGAGUCAUCUCAUCAGUGCGGAUCCUCAAACCUGGGAGAGAGCUGCCCCCUGACAUCCGGAGGAUCAGCAGCCGCUACAGCCAAGUGGGGACCCAGGAGUGCGCCAUCGUGGAGUUCGAGGAGGUGGAAGCAGCCAUCAAAGCCCAUGAGUUCAUGAUCACAGAAUCUCAGGGCAAAGAGAACAUGAAAGCUGUCCUGAUUGGUAUGAAGCCACCCAAAAAGAAACCUGCCAAAGACAAAAAUCAUGACGAGGAGCCCACUGCGAGCAUCCACCUGAACAAGUCCCUGAACAAGAGAGUCGAGGAGCUUCAGUACAUGGGUGAUGAGUCUUCCGCCAACAGCUCCUCUGACCCCGAGAGCAACCCCACAUCCCCUAUGGCGGGCCGACGGCACGCGGCCACCAACAAGCUCAGCCCGUCUGGCCACCAGAAUCUCUUUCUGAGUCCAAAUGCCUCCCCGUGCACAAGUCCUUGGAGCAGCCCCUUGGCCCAACGCAAAGGCGUUUCCAGAAAGUCCCCACUGGCGGAGGAAGGUAGACUGAACUGCAGCACCAGCCCUGAGAUCUUCCGCAAGUGUAUGGAUUAUUCCUCUGACAGCAGCGUCACUCCCUCUGGCAGCCCCUGGGUCCGGAGGCGUCGCCAAGCCGAGAUGGGGACCCAGGAGAAAAGCCCCGGUACGAGUCCCCUGCUCUCCCGGAAGAUGCAGACUGCAGAUGGGCUACCCGUAGGGGUGCUGAGGUUGCCCAGGGGUCCUGACAACACCAGAGGAUUUCAUGGCCAUGAGAGGAGCAGGGCCUGUGUAUAAAUACCUUCUAUUUUUAAUACAAGCUCCACUGAAAACCACCUUCGUUUUCAAGGUUCUGACAAACACCUGGCAUGACAGAAUGGAAUUCGUUCCCCUUUGAGAGAUUUUGUAUUCAUGUAGACCUCUUAAUUUAUCUAUCUGUAAUAUACAUAAAUCGGUACGCCAUGGUUUGAAGACCACCUUCUAGUUCAGGACUCCUGUUCUUCCCAGCAUGGCCGCUAUUUUGAUGAUGGCUGAUGUGUGUGAGUGUGAUGGCCCUGAAGGGCUGUAGGACGGAGGUUCCCUGGGGGAAGUCUGUUCUUUGGUAUGGAAUUUUUCUCUCUUCUUUGGUAUGGAAUUUUUCCCUUCAGUGACUGAGCUGUCCUCGAUAGGCCAUGCAAGGGCUUCCUGAGAGUUCAGGAAAGUUCUCUUGUGCAACAGCAAGUAGCUAAGCCUGUAGCAUGGUGUCUUGUAGGACCAAAUCGAUGUUACCUGUCAAGUAAAUAAAUAAUAAAACACCCAA